AUGGUCGCUACCAAGUUCCUCAUCAUGGCCAUGGCCGCAAUUGUCACGGCCACCCCAGUCGCAUCAGCCCCUAAAGCUGAGUCCACUGCGUGGUCACCUCUCAACAUUGAGGACAAGAUCGACUGGGAUGGAGUCGAUAGGAAAGCCUUCAAGGACCCAGCCAACUGGAACAACACCGCCUCAGCUGGUAACACCAAGAGACCUGCUGAUUCCAUGGUCAUCUUGGCUGGACCUUGUGAUCAAGGUACUUGCCCUGACUACAACGCGGCAUUCGACCUGGUGUACACCUUCACCGCCGUGCCUGUUCCUCCUAGCAACCCCAACGACCCUCCCCUGACAAUAUUCUCCUCCAACUCUGACAUCCGAGUCAACGAUUGCAACAACUGCCAGCGCACCAAAGUCGGCAGCAGUCUCGGUGGCACUGUUGCUGGCGGUUGCUUGGACUUCACCUCGUGUGGCCGCCCCCAGACAAUUUGCGUGGACCCGGGCAAGUCUCGCGCCCACCGCAUUUGGAAGGAUAAGAACGUCAAGACGUGCUAUAACAUGAGGGUUGAGAACCUUGGAAGUUGUGGUUUUGUCAAGUCUCGCAUUGUCCUACACCCUACCGGUGAGACUGCUUGCAACUGGUAG